AUGACCAGACGAAAUAAAUUGAAUAAAUACGCUGCAGUUACCUUUAGUAGCUACUUAUCAGCAUGGCCUGAUCUUCUCUUUUUGAUUCUGGACAAGUUGUUGGAACCCAUUGACCAUGUUCGUUGUGCUCUCGUCUGCAAGGAAUGGCAUUCCCUUGCAAAAGAAUAUAAUCUUACAACGCAGCGCUGGCACAGGGUACUUCCUAUGCUCAUGAUAUCUGCCGGAUCCUCAAAAACGCUGUACAGUGUUUCCGAAGGAAAAAACUACAUUAAAAAUGUUCAGCUUCCGUACAAACGUAAGAGGUUUUGUGGCUCUAGCCAUGGUUGGUUGGCCAUAGUAGACAAAAUUAGUCGUGACAUAACUCUCAUGAACCCUUUUGCACAAGCAAUGGCGCCCAUUCAUCUCCCUCAUUUGAAUGAGGACGUCUCAAAGGUCAUCCUAUCUGCUGAUCCUGCUUUGAAUCCGAAUAGUUAUAUGGUUAUAGCAAUCUACAAUUCGAUACACUUGGCUUUUCCUUAA